AUGAAUUUUCAUGUCAUCCAAAACAGCGAGAUACUGGCAGCGACAGCUACAACCUUGAAACGUCUACUUGACAAAUGCGUAAGCCAUGAGCAUUUGAUCAAGCAAAUUCACGCUCAAUCCAUCACCUGUGGUCUCUUUGCGCAAUCUCAUCAAUCUUUUCCCUGCAAAUUGCUCAAUGCAUAUGCCAAACUGUACAAACCAUUUGCUGCCCACAAAGUGUUCGAUCAAAUUCCCCAUCCAGAUAUUGUCUCCUGGACUUGUCUUCUGUCUCUGCAUUUGCAAUUACAACAACCUACUAAAGCCUUCUCUCUGUUCACCCGUUUACUGGUUUCAAUUUCUCUUAAACCUGAUUCCCAUUCCAUAGUUGCAGCUCUCUCAGCUUGUGCUCGCACGCAAGACCUGCUUAAUGGAAAAACAGUGCACGCUAUGGUCUAUAAAUUUCUCAGUCAACCUGAACCCAUUGUGGGUAAUGCUCUGAUCGAUAUGUAUAGCCGAACGGAGAGGAUCCAUUUGGCUCAACGUGUAUUCGAUAGUAUGCACGUUAAGGACAUUGCUACUUGGACUAGUUUGCUCAACGGGUUUGUAGUUUCCGAGGAGAUUGAGUCUGCUUGGAAGUUGUUUGAGGAAAUGUCCCACAGGAAUGCCAUCUCGUGGACUGUGAUGAUUGUGGGAUGUGUACGUCGCAAAGAACCGGUUAGGGCGUUGGAACUGUUUAAGAGAAUGAGGAAGGAAGGCGAUGACAGCCCGACCACAAUCACAAUAGUUGCUGUGCUAUCUGGUUGUGCUGAUAUUGGAGCUCUGGAUUUUGGGAGGUCGAUUCACGGGUAUGUUAACAAGGUAGCUGGUUUUGCUGUCGACGUUGGUGUAAAUAAUGCGCUGAUUGAUAUGUACGCUAAAAGUGGGAAUCUUGAUUUUGCUACAAAGAUUUUUAGAGGAAUGAUAAAAAAGGAUGCUUUCACGUGGACUAGCAUAGUUUUAGGUUUGGCACUUCAUGGUAGAGGAACAAAUGCCCUAGAGGUUUUUGAUGAGAUGUUGGAAUCUGGGGUAGCUGCAAAUGAGAUUACGUACCUAUCCGUUCUAUCUGCUUGCAGCCAUGCUGGAUUAGUUAACGAGGGGAAAGAAUUAUUUAACAGGCUGAAGAAUGACAGUAGUUGUGCAACUAAGAUAGAGCAUUAUGGAUGUAUGGUUGAUCUCCUUGGUCGGGCGGGUCAUAUAGAUGAAGCAGUGAGAUUGAUUCAACAGAUGCCAAUGAAACCUGAUGCUGUAAUAUGGAGAUCACUUUUGACUGCUUGUGUCGCGAAUAGAAAUUUGGAAUUAGCUGAAAUGUCUGCAGAGAAAGCACUUGAAUUAGAACCUCACGAUGACGGGGUGUAUGUACUUCUUUGGAAUUUGUAUAGCUCUGGUAAUAUGUUGGAAGAUGCUUCCAGGACUGUGAAGAUGAUGAGAGAUCAAAGAAUCAAGAAAAAACCUGGUUGUAGUUGGGUUGAAAUUAAUGGAAUUCUACAUGAAUUUGUUGCCGAAGCUGCGAAACAACAUGUCUAUGAUGGUAUAUACAGGGUAUUAGAUACAAUUCUAAAGCAAUCAAAUUUGGAUCUUUUUACUAUUAGUGCAGAAAUGUAG